AUGUUAAUUUACAAUCUAAUAACAGUACUCAUAUGUACAAUAACAACCACCUUAGCUCUACCACCAAAAUUUGUAUUUGAUGGACCAGAAUCACAACGUAAAUAUCUAGUCACCAAUCUUCCGGGACUUUCCGAUAACUUACAACCAGAUCAAAUCCCACUUAUGUUUGCUGGACAAUUACAACUUCAUCCAGAAAAUCAUAGUUCAUAUUUCUUUUGGAAAUUUAGUGAUCCUUAUCGUAUUCCUGAAAACAAAAAACGAACUAUUUUUUGGUUGAAUGGAGGUCCUGGUUGUUCAUCAAUGGAUGGGGCAUUGAUGGAAGUUGGUCCAUUAAGAGUUGAAAAAGGUGGGAAAUUGGGAUAUAAUAAUGGAAGUUGGCAUCGAGCUGCUGAUAUUGUAUUUAUUGAUCAACCAGUGGGUACGGGUUUUAGUUUUGCUGAUAAACUCAUAUCUGAAUUAAAUCAAGUUAGUGAUUAUAUGUUGGUAUUUUUAAAGAAAUAUUUUGAAAUAUUUCCGGAAGAAUUAGAUAAUGAUAUUUAUUUUGCGGGUGAAAGUUAUGCUGGUCAAUAUAUUCCAUAUAUUGCCAAUGGAAUCUUGGAUCAUAAUGAAAAACUGGGUGAAAAACCAUAUAAUUUGAAAGGGGUUAUGAUUGGUAAUGGAUGGAUCUCACCUAAUGAACAAAGUCUUUCAUAUUUCCCAUUCUUUUAUAAUCAUGGCUUAAUCAAAACAAACAACCCUCAUUGGGGUAGUAUCUUAAACCAAGUAGAAGAAUGUCAACGAUUAGUCGAUGAAGCCGAUGCCCAUUGGAAUGAUAAUACAGUAGAUCCUGCCGAAGUUAAUUUCGGCCCCUGUGAUGCGAUCUUAAACAAAUUAUUACAAUCUACUGGUGAUGGUCAGUGUAUCAACAUGUAUGACUAUCUCUUAAGAGAUUCAUUUCCUUCAUGUGGAAUGAAUUGGCCACCUGAUUUAAAAGAUGUAACUCCAUAUUUACGUGAUCGAGACGUGGUAAAUGCAUUGAAUUUAGAACAUAUUGAAACUUGGAAAGAAUGUAGUGGAUCAGUGAGUAAUGCGUUUACGGCAAAGAAUUCAUUCCCCGCUGUACAUUUAUUACCUCGUUUAACUGAGAAUAUUCAAGUGGUUUUGUUUAAUGGUGAUCGUGAUAUUAUUUGUAAUACAAUGGGGACAUUAUCUUUCCUUAAGAAAUUAGAAUGGGGUGGUUCAAAGGGGUUUACUGAUGAGGAGACUAAUAUCAAUUGGAUAUAUGAUAAUGAAGAUGUUGGAUAUAUUAAAACAGAAAGAAAUAUGACAUUUAUAAACGUCUAUAAUGCGUCACAUAUGGUUCCAUUUGAUGUUCCUAAUACAUCAAGGGCAUUGAUUGAUUUGAUCACCAGAAAUUACGACGAAGUAAUCUCCCCCGAGACCAACCAAACUUCAUUCGUGACAUAUCCACUCGGUGUCAGAAAACAACUCCAAGAUACACCCCCAACCGACUCUACCAACAACUCAACAACAACAACAACCACCACCACCGCAGAAUCAAAGGAACCAACAAGCAACAAAAUCACCCGCGUAAUCCAAUUACUAGUCAUUUGUAUCCUCAUGUGGGGAAUCUACGUUCUCUAUUCCUCCUACAAAUCAAGACCAUCCUCCAUCAUCCGCAAAACUGGUAAAUCAGUUCCCUCCAACAAGAAAAAGAAUGUCCAAUGGGCUGAUCAAUUACAUCUGUAUGAAGAUGAUGAUAUUAAGGAUUUUGAAUCUGAUCAACAAGAAGGAUUUUUCAAGAAGGCAUUACAUAAAUUAACUGGAACUAGUGUAACUGGGGGUGACAACAGGGGGAAUUAUGUGCCUACAUCGUCUCAAUAUAUUGAGGACAUUGAGUUGGGAGAAGGGAUUAGGGAUGAGAGUGUGCCUGAUGAUUUUAUAAUUGCCAGUGAUGACGAGGAGGUGGUGGAGGAAGGACAGGAAAGAGAUUUGGUGGAUGAUAAUAAGAAACUGAUGAAGAAUAAUAAUAAAGAUGCUCAAUCUAGUUGA